AUGGACGAAGACAUCACUGGGCCAGCCACCAAUAACUCAUUGUUAACCCUUGAUGGUUCAUCAAAUAGUACAAUGCCUGCUGCUAGGGAUAUUGCGGAUCAACCGGCCUUCUUACCUGGACAACAGCCUGAAGGUCCAUUGAGCAUCUGGCCUAGCGCGUUCAAGAUGGCUUCUCAAACUAUCAAGAACACCAGAAACAAUCGUCGCAAAUGGAUCUGGCUUGCCCCGUGGUCAACUUGGUCGUUUACUCUGCGGCUGAUGCUCAUACUAGGAGAGAGUUUGAAGUCUUCCGCGCCUGCUCUUCCAAAGCAAAUGCUCGAGGGUGAUAUUUACGAUCUGCCUUCGAAAUCUACAGCAACUCAGUUUCCCGACACUAGGUAUCUGCCUUCCUUAGAUCAUGCGCUUUAUCUCUUUAAUACAGUCAAGUUCCAUCUCGGACAGACGUAUCGCUUUUUCGACGACGCCGAACUUGAGGCCCAAAUACGCGAGUUCUAUUCUGGCCAUGUUGCUCAAAAGGCCUCUGAAUCCAGACUCUGGUUCACAAAGUUCUUAUUAGUUCUAGCAUUUGGGACUGCCUUCCAUUCACGGCCGGGGUCAGCCGAAUCAAGAGAUCCACCGGGCGGAAAGUUCUUUGUGCAGGCAAUGUCUAUACUUCCAGACAACAUGUCCCUCUGGAGAGAUAGCCUGAUGGCAACCGAGGUCUUGGCGAUGAUGGGGUUAUAUCUUUUUUCUAUUGAUGAGAGAGAGUCGGCACACGUCUAUCUUGGUCAAGCGAUCCACAUAGCAGAGAUGGAAGGGUUGCACACCCAACUACCAGAAGACGAGAUAGGAGCCGAAACUGUCACGUGGUGUCGCGACCUGUGGUGGACACUUUACAUCAUGGACCGCCAUUUCUCUGCCUCGGUUGGAUUGCCAAUGUCAGUCCACGACAGCGAAAUAACGACACCCAUUAACCCACCCGACCACGGUUCUCACGCAGACAGCCUACGAAGUCUUCAAGUCAAACUCUCUCAUUUAAUGUCUAUGAUACUUAGAACCGUCUACAAACCAACAAAAACAUCCCUGGCAACUUAUGUCGAACAGACCAAGUCAACGUUGCACACUUUGGCCCAGUACGCGCAAGAGCUGGAAAACAUCAUGAGCAUCAAAUUUCAAACUUCGGUCGAUACGGUUCCCAGAGGCAUGCGUCACAUCACCCUGUUGUACCAUCAGUGCGUCAUUGUUGCCACCAGACCCCUACUCCUCUCCAUAUUGAAGGAACGACUGGAUAUGGUCGAUAAAGUCGCCGAUGUAGACUGGGAAAGCAUUCUGAACCAUACAGCCGGCAUCAUAUCUUCGGGGAUCAAGUCGGCCUCCAAAACGCUGCAGGUACUAUCAAGCGAGUACAGCCUUCUCGGCAAGUCACCAGAAUGA